AUGUCAUUAGGAACAGCAACAGCGGUGCCCGAAGGCACUCCCGCCCCCGCCAAUGGUGUCGCGACACCCGCCACGACCGCGCAGCCCGGCCAGCCCGGCAGCGGUCCAGCCGAUAUUGUCUCCAAGCAGGUCCAGGAGGUCCUGUCAUCCGAGAUUGCCAUCUCGGCAAUGCUAAACAGACUGAAGCAGAGUAUCGCCGCCGCAAAGUUUGCCCUUUUCCUCAAGAAGCGAGCCGGGCUCGAAGAAGAACACUCCCAAGGACUCAAGAAGCUCUGUCGCAUGACCCAGGACAGCCUCCACCGACCCGAACACAAGCAGGGCACCUUUUCCCUCGCCUACGACGACAUGCUCAUGAUACACGACCGAAUGGCGGACAACGGCCUCCAGUUCUCCUCCUCGCUCUACGUCAUGCACGAUGACCUGAUGGAGCUCGCCGCCAUUGCCGAACGCAACCGUAAAGGCUGGAAGGCCAACGGCCUCGCGCCCGAGCAGCGAGUCAGCGAAAUCGAGGCCGCCAUGCGCAAGUCCAAGGCCAAAUAUGACUCCCUCGCCGAGGAGUAUGAGCGCGCCAGGACGGGCGACACGUCGAGGCAAAGCGGAAAGAUGUUCUUCAAGGGUGCCAAGUCUGCCGCACACCAUGAGGAGGAUCUCCUGAGGAAGGUCCAGGGAGCCGACCAGGACUAUCAUGGAAAGGUGCAGAUUCUGCAGGCCGAGAAGAUGGAGCUCAUUGAGCGCACACGCCCCGAGGCUGUCAAGGCCAUUCACGACCUAGUUCGCGAGACAGACUCUGGCCUGUCGUUGCAGCUGCAAAAGUUUGGUAUCUUCUUUCAACGAAAGCUCCUGCUCAGCGAUGGCCUCUGCAUCAGCCCGCUGAAGAAUAACGACAACAGCAUGCAACAACCUCGCAGCCUCAGAGAGGCUGUCGCCUCUAUCAACAACGAACGAGACCUCAGCGACUACCUCGUAGCCCUACAUUCCAAGGUCCCGCCCACCUAUCGCGAGGUCAAAUAUGAACGGAAUCCUGUCCUAAACCCUCCCGCCCAAUCCCGAAUCACUCAGGCGAACUUUGGCGGUGCCCAGGCCGCAGGACCAGGUCAAUACUCGGUCCAGCCACCUGUUCAGCCAUUAGGUAGCCAAGCGGGCUCCAACUACAACUCCCCGGUCACAUCCCCCGGCAUGCAAGGAUUCUCUCCCACCGCCACGGCGUCACCCAUCCAGCAGCAGCAACAACAGCAACAACAACAACAGCAGCAGCAGCAGCAGCCGGGCCAAGUUCGUCCUGCCUCCCAACAACCUCGACCCUCGUCGCAGCAGCAGGCCCUCCCGCUCCACCCCCAGCAGCAGCAGCACAACCGAACCUUUAGCGCAGGCGGCCUGCUCAACCAACCCGGCGGACCAGGCCCCCAGGCACCACAGCAAGCACCGCAGCCUGGCGCCUUUGCCCAGAACAAUAAUAAAUUCGGAGGCCCCAUGGGAGCCAUGUCGUCCCAGGGCCCGCCUCAGCUUGGCGCCCUCUCCUUCCAAUCCCCGCCGCCGCCCGCCGCGCACUUUGCGCCCGGCAACCCUACCGCGUCACAAGGCAACCUCCCUCCUUCGAUGCUUGCCGCGGCUCCCAUCCCUCGACAGCAGUCUCCACCGACUCAAGUAGCGGCCAAGCCCGUCUUCGGCAUCCCUCUGAGCAAACUUUACGAGCGUGAUGGCCUCGCGGUUCCCAUGGUAGUCUACCAGUGCAUCCAGGCCAUCGAUCUGUACGGCCUAAACAUGGAAGGCAUCUACCGACAAUCUGGCUCCUCAACUCAAUCAACAAGCUCAAGCUCAUGUUUGACACGGGUAAAUUCGACCAAUCCCGCCCUCGACUUUAGGAACCCUGACAGCUUCUUCCACGACGUGAACAGUGUCACAGGUCUGCUGAAGCAGUUCUUCCGCGACCUACCUGAUCCACUCUUGACGCUGGAGCAUCAUUCGGCUUUGAUAGAGUCAGCAAAACAUGAGGAUGACAUUGUACGAAGAGACUCGCUCCAUGCCAUCAUCAACAGCCUACCGGACCCCCACUACGCCACGCUGCGAGCCUUGACCCUCCAUCUCUACCAAGUCACGGAGAAUGCUCAUCUGAACCGCAUGACCUCUCAUAACUUGGCCGUUAUCUUUGGUCCUACACUCAUGGGCACCGAUCCCAAUACAGGAAUCGCCGAUGCGGGCUGGCAAAUCAGGGUCAUUGACACCAUUCUACAGAACACGUACCAGAUCUUUGAUGACGACUGA